AUGAACUGCUAUAGGGUCGCUGGACGGAAAAUACAGAGCUCCUUGCCUGGUUGGGGUAAUUCGACCUCAUUGCUACGGUCUCCCAUCGCGCGGCCAUUCGCAUACCACCAAAGGCUCUAUGACCAAAAGCCACACCCGCAGGAUGGAGCGAGUAAGGAGCUUGAAAGCAAUGGCGAUGGUGCCAUGUCGAGGAGGCUGGCCGAAAUGACCGAAGAAGCCAUAACGCAGGGUGGCAGUUCCACACGAAAGAACAUCCAGCAAGAGACCGGGUUCUCAGAGGAGCUGAAGCAAAGACUCCAAGAAAGAAUCGCCGAGACAGCGUUCAAAAAUGAAAAUGCAGCUGCAAUUUCCUAUGCGAACCUGCCGCAAAGUGCAGGGAAAGGAACGCGGGAUAUAGCCGGUGCUCCUCCGUGGACAGGCAACGAGAGCAUCCAUGAUGCUACACUUCGCAUGCUGACCGAUGCGAGCAACCCUAUGCGUGUACCCUUUCGACCUCCGCAGCCGGGAGGGCCGGUACCCACGGCUCCCAAGCCUAAACGGAGUGUGUCAUCUGGCGAGAGGUUAGCGGCUGCCCGCGAGCGGACAACGGAAUACACAUUAAAGCAGGAUUCAAGUAUCUCCAAAGAGGAACGAGAAUCAUUCCGCAAGGAACUACAAGAUCGUUUCGGUCCCGCUGUACAUUCUUUCCCCGUAACCAUUCAGGGCCUCAGCUCUUUGGCAAACGAACGGAUAGAAGAUGCAAUGGCGCGCGGCCAGUUUAAUAAUAUCCCUCGUGGAAAAGGGAAAUAUACCAAACGAGAUCCCACCGCUGAUAGCCCAUACAUCGAUACCACUGAAUUCGUGAUGAAUCAAAUCUUACAAAAAGAAGACACUACGCCUGAAUGGAUACAAAAACAACAUUCGAUGCAGUCAGAAGUCAAGCAAUUUCGAAACCAGCUCAGAGAGAACUGGAGAAACCAUGCUGUACUAAUGAUCCGAAGCAAGGGUGGAACGUUAGAGGAGCAAAUUAGACGGGCACGCAGCUAUGCUGCUGCAGAAUCCAAGCAUAAUAAGUUAUUCCAGGAUCGUGUACGGCUGUCUGGAUCUGAUGAUAAUGCCAAUACAGCUUCAACUGGGACUUCCGAAAUUCUGGAAGACCUCCCUUGCUUGCGAGAUCCGCAGUACAUGUCGACAGAGCGGGAAUACCACGAAUUGAAAAUAAAGCGGCUCAAUGAAUCUAUACGAUCCUAUAACCUACAGGCUCCUCAGGUAUCUCAAAGGCCAUAUUUUAACCUUCAACGAGAGCUGGAUUCUUGUUACGCUGAUGUCGCCAUCAGUCUUCCCGAUGAGAUAAGAGAGCGAGCAACCAGAGGAUCAACGAAGCCGGGGUCUUCCGGUAGUCAUCAAACCGGACUAGGAGGCUUUUCUUCGUUUUCUGCCUCUGCCCAUGAAUCUCGUAUUUACGAUGAGGACAGUUCAAAGGGCUACGGAUUCAAGCAAAUGUGGCGGGACCUAUGGAAUUGA